AUGAAUGGUCUGCUUGAAUGGCAGUUCAGAAUUGUUUCUAACAGGACUUGGAACCAUGACUGCGACAAUGUGAAAGAAGCUCGGGAUCGUCUGGCUUCAGCUCUAGAGCACGGAGAAUUUAACGAAACUGGGGUUGUUUUUGAUGACACGGUUCCGUACAACGACACUAUUGGCGAAGAAGACGCCAAAUUACUAGUUGCUUCAUGGAAGGAAACUAUAGGAAAAAUAAUUGAAGAUAUCCAAACUGCGAUAAAGUAUGGAUGCGUCAUGGCGACGGGAAUCGGCAAAGAUAUCCAGAAACUGCCGCAAGAAGAAGUAAAAGUUGCUGAACAGACUAAUCCUACCGAGGAGGACACCCAGAAGAAAAGCGACAAAGGAGAAGGAACUGCACAAAGUGAAGAAAGUGAUUCUCCCGAGGGAGGCACUGACGAAAAGGAGGAUUUGAAUGAAACAAAAUCUGCAUUGGCAGAUGAAGAGAACGAUCCUUCUAAAGGCAUUCUUUGCUACAUCUCUUGA